UGUUCCAUUUUUCCCCGUCUCAAAGGGCGCUAUGCGGCUAUGCCCUUGCAGCUUGCUCUGUUCCGCUCCAACUGUUCCCCUCCCUUAGUUCGUAAUCGGCCGAAGCGCCCGCCCCCUACCAGGCGGCCGAGGCAGCGACGUUCCGACGCCUUCCCGCCCAACCCCUCGGCUCCCCGCGGCGCGGCCGGGCUAAGAGGCGCGCCGCUGGUUCCGCCCAGUCGGAGCUGGCGGAAGCGGGCGUCGAUGAGCUCCCCGGCAAGGUCGACCGUAUCGGCGGCGAGCGGAGGCGCCGUCUCCGCCGCCGAAGACGUCGCGGACUCCAUCGACGCGCUCUACCGCAAGGACGAGGCCGUGGCUGAGCUCAAGUCGGAGGCGAUGGAGGCGCUACAGAGCGAGGUGAGGUCGCUCGAUGACGACAGCUGGAUGUUCGCCGCGCCCCGGUCCCGCAUCAACCUCGUCUCGAGAACCGACUAUCAAAAACACUGGAUAGUUGUAGUCUUUGCCUGAAGACACCUUUACUACAUUAUGUUCAUCUUUUUUCUGAUUUGAGCUAUUGACUGGUUUUUAGUCAGGCAUUCUCUUUCAGAUUGUAUCUGUAACAUUAUUGCGAAUUAUGUAUCCCUUUUUUACUCUGGCACACGUGCAUUGCGCAAUGGUUGUUUUGAUUCUCUCUAUUAGUUCAUGCAGGUUCUAUAUGUAUUGUAUCACAUCGUCUUUAGCAUCAUGCUGUUGCUGAUUUUAAAGCUAUGUUAAAAAAGUACCAAACUAAUGCCUCAAGAUUUGCAUGUCUUGAUAUUAUCUGAUUUCCCAAUAUUGAGCAUUUGCAUGUCGGCAGAUCUAUCUGUAGCUGCUUCCUGUUGAGCCCCCCUGCUGUGCUAGUUAUGUUCUAUGGUUGCUGAGGUGUGUUUACUUAAACUUCCUGAUAUAUGCACCUUGUUGAGUUGUCAUUGUUGGUUUUCAGUUUGAAGUCUGUGAUGCUGAGGAUCCACAUUGUUUCACUGUAGUAACUUUGUAAUGGGAAUGGCAUCAGGAUAUGAGGCCUUUUUGCGUCAUAUGCUGGGUGUCGGUGGAUAAUCUGGAAUAAUGGUCAGCAAGUAACAUGAGUAGAUCUUUUCUGCU